CACCCCCAGCCCCCCGAGCGCCCCGCCGAGCGCCGGCGAGGCGGGACGCGCGCGGAGGAGAGCCCAGCCGGGGCUUAGCGCCCGCCGGAGCCUCCCGCGCGGGCUGAGGCGCUAAAGGGCUUACCCGGGAGGGGGGUGGGAGGCGGGGAGAGGCUCCCCCUUAAAUAGCGCGCUCCGCCACUCUCCGGCGCUCACGCCGCGCCCGCCGCCGCCGCCGGACCGUGCCGAAGAGGAGGGGGCGUUCCCCAGACCAUGGCAUCCACCGAAGGUGCCAACAACAUGCCCAAGCAGGUCGAAGUACGGAUGCACGACAGCCAUCUCAGCUCGGAGGAGCCGAAGCACCGGCCUCUGGGCCUGCGCCUGUGUGACAAGCUGGGGAAGAAUCUCCUGCUCACACUGACCGUGUUUGGUGUCAUCCUGGGGGCAGUAUGUGGAGGGCUUCUCCGCUUGGCAUCUCCUCUCCACCCUGACGUGGUUAUGUUAAUAGCCUUCCCAGGGGAUAUACUCAUGAGGAUGCUAAAAAUGCUUAUUCUGCCUCUCAUCAUCUCCAGCUUAAUCACAGGUUUGUCGGGCCUGGAUGCUAAAGCCAGUGGACGCUUGGGCACGAGAGCCAUGGUGUAUUACAUGUCCACAACCGUCAUUGCCGCAGUGCUGGGGGUCAUCUUGGUCUUGGCCAUCCACCCAGGGAACCCCAAACUCAAGAAGCAGCUGGGACCCGGGAAGAAAAAUGAUGAAGUGUCCAGCCUGGAUGCCUUCCUGGACCUCAUCCGAAAUCUCUUCCCUGAAAACCUUGUCCAAGCCUGUUUUCAGCAGAUUCAAACGGUGACCAAGAAAGUCCUGGUGGCACCUCCAUCAGAUGAGGAAGGCAAUGCCACCAACGCUGUCAUCUCAUUAUUGAACGAGACUGUGACGGAGGCGCCUGAGGAAGCGAAGGUGGUUAUCAAGAAGGGCCUGGAGUUCAAGGAUGGCAUGAAUGUCUUAGGUCUGAUCGGGUUUUUCAUUGCUUUUGGCAUCGCCAUGGGGAAGAUGGGAGAGCAGGCCAAGCUGAUGGUGGAAUUCUUCAACAUUUUGAAUGAGAUUGUAAUGAAGUUAGUGAUCAUGAUCAUGUGGUACUCUCCCCUGGGUAUCGCCUGCCUCAUUUGUGGAAAGAUCAUUGCAAUCAAGGACUUAGAAGUGGUUGCUAGGCAACUGGGGAUGUACAUGGUCACGGUGAUAGUGGGCCUCAUCAUCCAUGGGGGCAUCUUUCUCCCCUUGAUUUACUUUCUAGUCACCAGGAAAAACCCUUUCUCCUUUUUUGCUGGCAUUUUCCAAGCCUGGAUCACUGCCCUGGGUACCGCCUCCAGUGCGGGAACUUUGCCUGUUACCUUCCGUUGCUUGGAAGAAAACCUGGGGAUUGAUAAGCGUGUAACCAGAUUUGUCCUCCCAGUUGGAGCAACCAUCAACAUGGACGGUACAGCCCUUUAUGAAGCAGUGGCCGCCAUCUUUAUUGCUCAAAUGAAUGGUGUUAUCUUGGAUGGAGGCCAGAUUGUGACUGUGAGCCUCACGGCCACGCUGGCGAGCGUCGGUGCGGCCAGUAUCCCCAGCGCGGGCCUCGUCACCAUGCUUCUCAUCCUGACGGCUGUGGGCCUGCCAACGGAGGACAUCAGCCUGCUGGUGGCUGUGGACUGGUUGCUGGACAGGAUGAGGACUUCAGUCAAUGUUGUGGGUGACUCCUUUGGGGCUGGGAUUGUCUAUCACCUCUCCAAGUCUGAGCUGGAUACUAUUGACUCCCAGCAUCGAGUGCAUGAAGAUAUUGAAAUGACCAAGACUCAGUCCAUUUAUGAUGACAUGAAGAACCAUAGGGAAAGCAACUCUAAUCAAUGUGUCUAUGCUGCACACAACUCUGUCAUAGUAGAUGAGUGCAAGGUAACUCUGGCAGCCAACGGAAAGUCGGCCGACGGCGGUGUUGAGGAAGAACCUUGGAAGCGUGAAAAAUAAGGAUAUGACUCUCAGCAAAUUCUUGAAUAAACUCCCCAGCUUAUCUUAUGGUAAAAGAGAGUUCAAGACAAGCUUUCUUUAAAAAGAAAAAAAGAUGCAUUUAUUUCUGUGUUUACUUAAUCCAUUAGCCGAGGCUUCGAGGAUCUGUUGUGAGUCAGUGAUAGGCACGGUGCUGUGUGUUUGCCAAGUCAUGCUUCGUAACCGUCUCGUUUUCUCACCUGUGUUAUUGUUUGGAUGGAUGCUGCUGGAGGAACCAGUUGGAACUGAACGCGCAUUCUUGCCGGCUUCCCUUUUCUCUCUAAAUGCAGAGCCGUGGGCGCUCUUUUCCCCGGGGGAUACAACUAAAGCAAUGUGGUGCACUCCGGGGAUUUGGGAUGACGAGCAGACACUCAGCGUGUGAUCCCAAGUGUUUUUCAUGCUUCCGCUUCAUUCCGCGCAAGAGAUUCUGUUAGAAGCCUCUAGAAGUUAAUUCUCUCGAAAUGUCUUGUAGAGUUUGCCCAUGUGUUGAUUAAAAGCGAAUACCUGCCUUAGGGAACUCUGAUGAUCUAGCUUCUAUAUAUGUAUAUAUAUAUAUAUAUAUAUAUAUAUAUAUAUAUAUAUACA